GCAUUGUAACACAGAACAGUCUUUGAGUUUUGCAAAGUAAAGGAAAAUGAAAUCUGUCAUACUCCUGAGUGUUUUGGCGAUCGCUGCUACAGUUAAUGGAGCUUCGAUUGCGUCCAACUCAUCCAACGUCAAUUUGGGUCAAGCACUCAAAGAUUACUACAGUUCUCUGAAAAAUGUAAUGCCAUGUGGCGAUGCCGAGAUAAAUUUACCCGUUUUGGCGCCCUUCAGAAAGGAAUUAGUUCCCCUGAAUUACACCGAUAAGUACUUCAGCAUUGAAGGCAACUUCUCCAACAUCUACAUUACUGGUUUGGACAGCUACUACUUCGUUCGUUACGACUUCAAUGAAAAAACAAACGUCUUCCACAUUGACAUGAUGUUGCCACAACUGCAAGUGGUCGGCAAUGUCGAUGUUGGAUCUUUCGUAUCGAUUGGUGGUUUUCCACUUCAGUGGAUAUCCGAUGGGUUAAUCAAUAUGAAAUUGGUGGACUUCCGUGUGGUGAGUUCCUUCCGUUUGGCCAACAACGCCCAAGGAUAUUUGCAAGAGUCUGAUGUUAAAAUGAACUUCUACUUGGGCGAUAUGAUCGUCAACAAUUGGAAUAAGCUUUGGAACAUUUCUGGAAACAACUUCUUCAACAAGUUCUUGGGCGAAUUCAUUAUGAUGUACUCCGAGCAGAUACAAAUUGAAUUCAAUGAAAUCUUCAAUAGUUUUGCAUUACCUGUAAUCAAUCGUUCGAUGGAGCAACUCACACAACAGGAAUUUAUUGAGCAAUUGAGGGCGUUGACUGCAAAAUUCAAUUCGGUUAACUGCUAAUUUGUUAAUUUACAGUGCUUGAAAAUUUUCAAAGUUUCAAAUAAAUGCUUCGCCAAAUGAAGCCGUGUAUAAGUAUGA